UCAUGUUAAAAUAAUUUACAGUUAGUUUUUGGCAAUUAUGUGCUCAUCAUGUUUUUUAGACUAAAAUAAAAUUUUAAAAAAAGAAUAAUAACCAAUUGCUCGUAGAGUCAUUUAUUUGUACUUAAAAUAUCUAGAAUGUUGUAAUAUGCCUUUAUUAUUUAUCAUUUUUAUGUUAGUGAUAUUGAAAUCUUUUGGAUGUCGUCCAUUGUGCUUGAUGCGCUGUUUUAGUGAAGCAAUUGAAGUUAGUAAAAUUAAACGAAAACAUAGUCGAAAUGUCAAUUAUUACAUGCCUUUACUUUCAGAAGUGAGGCGAGAGUCUAUUAAAAAAAUUGUUUCUUUACAAAUGUCUGGUCGAUAUUUGAGUUGUACCACUAUACUCAGAGAUGGUAACAUUCUUAAAGAUUGGAAAAUACUUUACAUGCCAGAAGAGAUGAACAAAUUUAAUUUAGAUGAUGUCUAUAAUUCUGUUGCGGCACUCAUGAAAAAUUUACCUGAAAGUGAUAUUUACCUAAUUGAGAACUAUGUGAAGAUGCCAAACAAUGUGAAUGUUGCUGGUGCCAAUUUAUUUUACGUUAAACUACAAACACUUGCUAUGCUAAUUGCUCUUAUAAACAGCGGCCAAGCUGUAUAUACUCCAGAUAAUACUCAAGAAUCUAUGAACAAAGUGGUUUUAAUGAAAGCGCGUUUGCACGCCAGACUAUUUCGAAUUAUUGUUGGUACAGAAAUCAUUUCAUCGCAAGAUAUAACUGAAAUGAUGCUAAAAGGCAUCUUCCCUGAAUAUAUUACACCUGUUGUACCAGCAAUCGAUGCUAUUUUAACUUAUAGAUCAGUUAAAGAACCAAUUAUAAAAGAACUUAUGUCCAAUGGCCUAAUGUUAGCCAUGGCUUUUGUUGAUCUGGUACUGAAUUCAAAUCCAAAAAGUAUGCAAGCACUUAAUGAAAGUUCUAAGAGAAAAUUAAAAACCACAAAAAAGUUAUAAUUUUAAUUCAUUUUAAUGAAAAUAUAAACACAUAUUUGACUAGAAAUUUCAUUUUUAAAUAAACAAUGAUCUUAAAAAAGUA